GUGUGUGUGUGUGAGUGUGUUAUCGCAGACGUCACAGCCUGCCGUUGGUCCAGUUCAGUUCAGUUCAAUUCAGAUGUACCGUUGGUUCUCCCCGCACGUAAACUGAACUAAAUAUACGGACCCGAAGGCAGUUCAACCCGGGAAACCAUCUCACACUCUGAACCGGGAUACUUUUAAUUUUUUACUCAACCCGAAAUAACCAGUCAAAACAGCCGGGGCGGAGGUUGGGAGAGCCGCCGUUAGCGUAACGUCCGUGACGUCGGUCCGCCAGGGCUGCUGCUGCUGCUGCCGCUCCGCUGGGUUUUACUACCACGCUGUUUUUGUCUGAAGGCUCCUUAUCUGUGUUUACGGAGCGGUCGGUAUCGGUUACGCUCGGAGCCUAGAACCGUAGGAUAGAUAGAAGUUUGUCAAUGAUGGAGAAGAAGAGGACGGACUGUCCCGCUCUGCCGCCCGGCUGGAAGAAAGAAGAAGUGAUCAGGAAGUCCGGACUGAGCGCUGGAAAGAGCGACGUCUACUACUACAGUCCCCCAACUCUAUGGAAGUGCAAUCCAAAAAAAGAAAAGAAAAUCAAUAAUGAUCCUUCAGGAAAGAAGUUCAGGAGUAAGCCUCAGUUGUCCCGUUACCUUGGAAACAGUGUGGAUCUGGGAUGUUUCGACUUCCGGACGGGAAAGAUGAUGCCUGGGAAACUGCAGAAGAACAAACAGAGGCUCCGACAUGACCUGCUCAGCUUGGGCAAGGGAGGUAAACCGGACCUGAACACGGCCCUGCCUAUCAGACAGACAGCGUCCAUCUUUAAACAGCCCGUUACCAAAGUUACCAAUCACCCCGGCAACAAGGUGAAGACAGACCUGCAGAGAGCUAGUGAGCAGCCCAGACAGCUGUUUUGGGAGAGGAGGUUGAAAGGUCUGCGGUCAUCAGACAUCACAGAGGAAGUGCUGCGGACCAUGGACCUGCCCAAAGGCCUGCAGAGUGUCGGUCCAGACUCCAGCGAUGACACUCUUCUGUCGGCCAUCGCCAGCGCUCUGCACAUGAGCUCUGCUCCGAUAACGGGACAGACGUCCGUGGCUGCCGAGAAGAACCCGGCCAUCUGGCUGAAUACGUCCCAGCCUCUCUGCAAGGCCUUCGCCGUCACUGACGAACACAUCCGGGAGCAGGAGCUGAAAGUGUACCAGGCCAGGAGAAGUCUGGAGGAGGCGCUGAUGGCUGACGGUUUGGCGCGGGCCGCCGAAAACACCAGAGAGCUGUUACAGGGGAAGACGGUUUGAAGACAGACAGGUGAGAGAUCCUCUGUUCAACCAGCCUUUAGGUUUAUAAUCCUCUUCCUCUUAAUCCAGACGACGAACCAAAAAAACCCAACAACAACAGACCACCCACAGACUGAACCUCUCCUGCACUGAUCCGUUGUCUCGGUGGGCGAUUGCGCCAACCGUCCCGUUAAGGAAACUGUUUUCAGGAUGAUACCACGCCGGACAUCUCUCAGCAUUUUCAAACUAAAAGGGAUUUAGCAGAGCAGCAGCAGCAGCGGCAAUGCACAAUGGGAGCAGCGACCACAGCAAUACUGGCAUCAAGCAAUGAAAAAAACACCAGCAACACCAUCGGAACCGCAACGGCAACAUAGGAACAAGCAAUAAGUCGGGUAUCUACCAGCCCAAAGCAACAACCGAAGCCUUUAAUCCUUUGGGAUUCAUCAUCCGUAUAAACUUUACAACCAGCGCUUUUCUUGUUAGGUAUUACUUUUCUUUCUUUUUGAUAAAAAAAAAGCUGAUGAAUAUGUUUUUUUUUGUUUUUUUAAUACUGAAGAGCAACGCCCUCAUCGAACCUAAAGUCAGAAACUGCUGGACGGCUUUUGCUAACUCUUCUUGUGCUCUUUGGUGGUUUUGGUUGUUUGUGUCAGAUUGUUGUCACUUUUAAAGUCUUACGGGGUUUUAAUUGAAUAAUAAUGAGAAUGUACAUGCAUAUGAAAUAGAACAAUUGCUUAUUUAAGACAAAUUUUAUACCUUGAGAGAACAUACGUGUACAUUUCUUGGACUGGAGUAAAUAAAUGACUAUAUUCACAAUUG